CACAUAUGAAUAGCUUACAGUAGUCAGCAGUAGUGUGAAAACCUGAUUCCAGUGGGAAAUUCCAAUGACUUAUAUUACGUAAGUUUUCUUGUAGACCAUUGAAGUAAAGUAGAUAUCUUCUGUCUUGGCUAGUCUAACUCAACACAAUGAUUUUCCACUCCACGAGAAAAAAACCCAUGUGGGCUCAGGAUCCACCACAAAUAAAAAGCAAAUGUGUUAUAGACUGGUAAAUAUUACUGAUGACAAACCAUGGACCAGAAGCAAGUCAAGGCAGGAAAAGAGAGUCUUCUCAUCCUGGAGAAACUUCAAGACACCUGCCCUUCAAGAACACCUUUUAGUGUGCUAGAGUGGACUCUGAUAGACUACGAUAAUGCAGACAUUGAGGUCAUCCCUGAAUCCAUUAAAUGGUGUUUCAACGUGAGGAAGAUUUAUGGACAACGCAAUAAGCUUUCUUCUCUACCACAGUCUAUUUCUGAUUUGCAAUUUCUCAAAGAGCUUUGGCUGGGAAACAACCGGUUUGAGGACUUUCCGUCAUCAGUGUGUGAUGUAACUCUCCUGGAGUUACUGGAUCUAAGUGGAAACCAACUACUUAAGAUCCCAAGAGAUAUCAACAGGUUGCGCAAUCUUAGGAGUUUGUAUCUCAGUAACAACAAGUUCACAGAUUUCCCCACGGCUGUUUGUGGCAUCAGAAAGCUAGAAGAGCUACAACUUGACAAUAAUCAACUAUCACAAAUCCCAGACUCUGUGCAACAGAUGGAUAAUCUCCACAUUUUAGAACUUGGAAAUAACGAUUUCAAUGCAAUUCCAGACCAUAUAUGUUCAAUUCCAAACUUGGAAAAGUUAUUCAUGGAAAACAAUGUCAUAACACACAUUCCUGCCAGCAUUGGAAAUUUACAGAAACUGAAUAAACUCAAGCUGGAUCAAAACAAAAUCACUCAUCUACCCCACGAGCUUGUGUCUGCCAAAAAUCUUCUAGAUAUUCACUUGCAUGAUAACCCCCUUGUGGAGCCCCCUGAAUCAGUUUGUUCUAAAGGGCUGGAGGCCAUAGGAAGGUACUUUCAUGAGCUCAAAGACAGCAAAGCUGUCCAGUCCAGCAGAAUUCAGUUAAAUUUGCUGGGGGAAACAGGCAGUGGGAAAACCAGUGUUUCACUUUCUCUGCAACGCGACAAGCCCACUCUCACUGCACAAGCCGACCGGACCAGAGUAAUAGCGCAGGGUUCCUGCGAAACUCGGCCAGAUAUUGCCUUUAACAUCAACGACUUUGGAGGACAUGACGUGUACAAGGUUAGUCACCCAAUCUUCAUAUCAAAGAAUGGCAUCGUGCUAAUCGCUUUCAACUUGGUUACGUAUAACCUGAGCAACCCGGAUCACUACAGACUCUACAUUGGAGAUUGGAUUGACAAAGUACAGGCGCAGACUCCAGGCAUGAGGAUUGCCCUUCUGGGAACACAUUUCGAUGAAGUAAGCACAGAGGCUGCAAAGACGAUACGCCAAGCUGUUCUGGAACAAAUGAAACAGCACAUGGAAGAGAAGAAGAGGUGGUUGAAAACCCAAGUGUCAAACAUUGAUGAGAAGAUUGAAGAUUUACAGCAGAGUCCAGAGCAGGAGGAGAUAAUUCAGGCUUACAGAGUGAAACAAGGCAGGUUGUCCAAGGCAGCCAACCAUGUGGUGGACGUUUGUGACCAUGUCUUUAUGGUCAGCUCUAAGACCAUGGAGGGGUAUCCUCAGCUCAAGGAGUACCUGUCCAAUCAAGCCCAAAGGUGGGCUGUCAGCCUUCCAGGAACUUGGGUCCAAGCUGCCAAUGCCAUCCGCAUCCAGAAAUAUGAAAAUUCCAACAAUACCCUUGACUGGGUUGCUCUGCAGGAGGUCAUUUCCCAGCAUGCACCAAGAUCAUGGCAGAAGAGAAGCCCAGCUGAGAAGCGAGUAGUCAUUUGUGACAUUCUUAGUUUUCUUGCCAGCCGUGGUGAUAUUAUCUGGUUCGACACCAGCCCCACUUUGGCGAGGGUCAUCUUCCACAAACAGGAGAUCCUCGCUGGCCUGCUCAAGGCUGUGCUGAACCACGACCUGGAGCACCUUAUGGUCAAGCUGCUGCGCCCACUCAAAAUGAGCCGUCCAAGAUUGGAGGACAUCAGGGAGGACUUUGCGAUCAGAGGGAUAGUGUCCAAAGAUGUGAUGAAGUGCCUCUGGGGACAGUUUCACCUGUCCUCGGUGGAGACAGAAGUCCUGGUGGAGCUCCUGCAGCAGCUGGAGCUGUGCUACCAAGUGGAGAAGGGAACUGCUGUGACUCCAGACACAACCUUUCAUUUCCCGUGGUUACUGACUGAAGACAGGCAGCAGGAGUUGGAGGAAAAGUGGCCAAGAUGUCUUCCACAAGAUCUCAUACAAGUCACAUUGGAAGUUUAUUUCCCAUACAAAUGCCCAGAUGGCAUGUUCGAGAAAUUCUCUGUCCGCCAACACAACUACCUGGGCUUCUACAAAUCCCAUAGGAUGGACUGGAAAGAUGGUUUGUAUGCCCAAGUCAGAGGCUGCCGCAUCCAGAUCUCACGCAGUCAGAGGGAAUCUGAUUGGGUGAUCACUGUAGCCAUCCGUGGGAGGAACAUAGAGGAUCUGUGGCCGCCGCUUCACCGUGCUCACAGCGAUUUGAUGAGCGUUAUUCAGGAGGACUGGCCUGGGGUGUCAUAUGACAAGUUCCUGGUUUGUCCUCACUGUGUUAAAGAAGGCUUUAACAGACCCCACCUCUUCCCUGGAGAGUUGCUAGACAGACCCCCACCCAUCAGUGGAGAAGAUGCCGAUGUCCCAUGUAGAAACUGUGAUGAUCUUAUUGAUGCUGGGUUGGUGUAUCCAGCUACAAAAGCUGAGAUUUGCCACAAAGUAUUACUCCAAAACCGAGACAUUCUGAUAGAAAACAUCACAGAGGCAUGUCUGCGUGACAUACUGAACGUCCUCCAGCAGGAGGAGAUUAUCACGAUCCGGGAAGUUGAGACAGUGAAAGCCGAACCGUCUUCUCCAGUUUCAGACGCACCUCCUCCGUCCAUCAGAAAAGCAUCAGCAAGUGGGAAGAUGUCAGGUCAGAAAUCUCUCAGCAGUGGAUAUCCAAAAUUCAAUGGUCCAGCUGUUUCCCCAAGCAAGACUACGAUGGAAAAUGCCAGGAAAAUGCGGCCCGCUUUGGCGGUGGAGAAAACGUCUCGUGUGGUGGCGUUGGGCGGCACUGCUGUGCUGCUGGACAUCCUGGGUACGAGAGACGAGAAAGCUCUGUGCUGCCUGUGUGACUGUUUGGAAAGAAAUGGACAGGGAGGUCUAGUUGCUCAGAUACAGUCCUCUACAGUAUAUUUCCCAAGGGACUGCAGCACAGACAGAUUUGCUUCCAAACCUUGCUGAGAUUUCACUGUUGUGCCAGUACAAUUAAAUGGACAGGUGCUUAAGUGCUAAAAAGUUGAAUUGCUAGGGACUUCCAUAUUAUAUGUAUGGUGAUUAUUCAAUCUUUUCAAAGAGGAAAAAUUGUGAAUUUUACAGAUACUGAAUUUUUUAAGUCAUAGUUUCUUAAAAUGAAGACAUUCCUAUUGCGUGGUAGCAACAAAACUGACUACUCUAUCAUGCUCUUCAGUGCAGUGAAAGCACCACAAAUGCCAUAUAAAAAUAUAAAUUUUGUGAUCAUAAAAUUAUGUCUGAAA